AUGAUGAAUCCAAGAGGUGAUUACGGUGGUUACCGGUAUGGUGGAUAUAAUCCUAUUCGCGGCCGCCAACCUGUAAGCAGCACCUCCCAAAAUCUUCAAUCCACUUUUCAGCCGAAAACAGAAUGGAAGGAAGAAGAUGCAGCUCUAGUUUUACUCCUACAUCUUCCUGGUUUCGUGAAAGAGCAAGUAAGGAUCUUGACAGACGAAUCCAGAAGUUAUCUCAUAGUUUAUGGAGAACGUAUGCUCGAAAUAAACAUUCGCAGUCGGUUUAAUACAGGUUACAACAUUCCCAAAAACUGGGACCUGAGUCGAAUGAAAUCGGAGCUUGCUGGCGGGAUUCUAACCAUCAGAAUUCCAAAAAUCAUUCCUGCGGUACAAAGAGCUAGUCCUAGAGAAUUAGAGGCCACAACUAGCCAAGAGAGUCCUGGGGCUCAAGACACUACUACUACAGGACAGCUAAAGCCUGAGAAGAAAGUAGAAGAAGAGACUCCUCCAGGGGAAGAAACCGACGCUCCAAGCUCUCAAAAGGCCACCAGCAAAUCGAUAUCCCAAAAGGGUCAAGAUGGAUCUUCUCAAAAAACUAAUGUAUUGGAUAAUACCACAAAACAAAUAGAUGAGAAGGCUGCAGGACACGAUGGUGAAAAGGUUGAUCAAAAUGUCACCGAAAAGAAAGAAAAGAAUGAAGCAUAUGGGAAGCCUAUUGAAGAGGAAAAGCCCGAGAAAGUUGUUGAAAGGGAAGAGGAAAAGAAUGGGAAAAUUGAGGAAUCAAAGGUAGCGGAAACUGGGGUCAUAAAGAAGAAGGAAGAGGAGGAAAAGAAUGAGGCAGCAGCUGGUGGUGAUAAAGACAUGUCUAACAAGGAUACUUCCCGGGAAUCCAAGGAAUCAAAGAAAGCUGAAAGUGUUGUCCUAAAGAAGAAGGAAGAGGAGGGAAAGAAUGAGGCAGCAGCUGGUGGUGAUAAAGCCAAGUCUAACAAGGACAUUUCCCAGGAAUCUAAGGAGUCGAAGAUAGAUCAAAGUGUUGUCCUAAAGAAGGAAGAGGAGGAAAAGGAAGAGGCAGCAGCUGGUGGUGAUAAAGAUGAGUCUAACAAGGAUAUUUCCCAGGAAUCCAAGGAAUCGAAGAUAGCUGAAAGUGUUGGCCUAAAGAAUGGAGAGGAGGAAAAGAAAGAGGCAGCAGCUGGUGGUGAUAAAGACAAGUCUAACAAGGAUAUUUCCCAGGAAUCUGAGGAUAUGGAACAUGCAAGUGCUUCUGCUAACAAGUCUGACAAAGAUGUGGGCAUGGUGGAUGACAAGUAUAGAUUGGUACUAAAUAUUUGUGUUGGAGUGUUGGUGAUUGUGGCACUUGGUGCACAUUUCUAUAGCCUCAUUAGCUCAUCCAGAAGAACCUAA